UGCACCAACAAACGCCCCCCAGUGAUGUAAACAAAGAUGGAGCAGCGGGAGGACGGCCACAUACCCGCCGCGAUAUUCUGACGAGCUGGGCGCUUGUGUCACUCCACGAGCCAUGGCGUCGGUCAAGGUGGCGGUGCGGGUGCGGCCCUUCAACCAAAGAGAAGUGGAUUUGUGUUCUCAUUGUAUUGUUGAAGUUGAAGACAAAAAGACAAAACUUAUUAAUAAUAAGAUUAGUUGUGGUGAUGGAGCAGAGGCCAGGGAACGGGUCAAGGAAUUUACAUUUGAUUUUUCAUACUGGUCGCACUUGGAAUCUGAUCAGCACUUUGCCCCACAGGUAAAGAUAUAUGAUGACUUGGGAACAGAUGUUGUCUCCAAUGCCCUUCAGGGAUAUAAUGCGUGUGUGUUCGCCUAUGGCCAAACUGGAAGUGGAAAAACGUUCACCAUGAUGGGCUCCCAGAACAACCCUGGACUGAUUCCAAGGAUUUGCGAAGCUUUGUUUUCAAGUAUGGCAGAAGGAAGAGAAGCUGGAACUACUUACAAGGUCGAGGUUAGUUACUUGGAAAUCUAUAAUGAACGUGUGAAAGACCUGCUGAGAACUGGCGCCCAGAACAGCACUCACUCACUUCGUGUGCGUGAACACCCCAAACUGGGUCCUUAUGUGCAAGACCUUUCUGUCCACUUAGUUCAACAGUAUCCUGAUAUUGAGGAACUGAUGAGGAAAGGAAACUCUCACCGAACAACAGCCAGCACCCACAUGAAUGACACAAGCUCAAGAAGCCAUGCCAUCUUCACAGUCACCUUCAUCCAAGCCAAACUGAUGUCAGACACGCCGCUUGAAACUCGUUCAAAAAUUCAUCUUGUUGACUUGGCUGGCAGUGAAAGAGCUGAUGCAACAGGUGCAACUGGUCAGAGGCUGAAGGAAGGUGCCCACAUCAACAAGUCACUGGUGACUCUGGGAUCUGUUAUCAGUGCCCUCGCAGAGCAGGCAGCCAAGUCCACUACAGGGAAAAACGUCUUUAUUCCUUACAGAGACUCUGUCCUUACGUGGUUGUUAAAGGAUUCCCUAGGUGGGAAUUCUAAAACUAUCAUGAUAGCAACUAUUUCUCCUGCUGAUGUUAAUUAUGGGGAGACUCUGAGCACCCUGAGAUAUGCCAACCGAGCAAAGAAUAUCAUCAACAAGCCCACCAUCAAUGAGGACCCCAAUGUAAAGCUGAUAAGGGAGCUCAGGGAAGAAAUCCUUCUUCUUAAAAGCAAACUCCAGGAGAACACUGUUGACGUUGAGGCAAACAGUGAAAAAGGGAGCAUAAUGGAGACCUUAAGCCAGAAACAAGCCAAAGAAAAAGAACUAACUGACCAGUGGACGGAAAGAUGGAGUGAGACACAUACCAUCCUUCAAGAACAAAAAACGUUGGGUCUUCGGAAAGCUGGCCAGGGUGUGGUAUUAGACUCCGAGCGCCCCCAUCUUGUUCUGAUUGAUGAUAACCUGCUGACCACGGGUGUGACACUGUACCAUCUUAAUGAUGGCCUCACCACCAUUGGUUCACUUGCCUCCCAGGAUAUAAGUCUAGAGGGAGGAGAAGUCUUGGAGGAGCAUUGCACAAUAGAGUUGCAUGAUGGCGUUGCAACUCUUGAAUCUAAGCCUGAUGCCCAGUGUUGGGUCAAUUCACAACUAGUUGAUAAAGAAAGUAGAUUAACACAAGGAUGUGUUGUUGUGCUUGGUGGGAGCCACAUGUUCCGGUACAAUGAUCCACAAGAAGCAGCAAGACUUAGAAGGGAAGGCAACAAGACUCACCUCAACCUCUCAAGACUCUCUUUCUUAUCCAGAUCGGCCACAGAUCUUAUUAGAUCAUGUGACAAUAUAUCAGGAAUGGACAGUGAUUUAGAGAAGACCAAUUUAGAUGGCAGCAAUUUCUCCCGUAUUGGAAAGAUGUCCAAAGUAGCAGAAAAUACUGAUUUAUGUGAAAUAUCAACACAAACCAGCCUUCACACACAUAGUCAACCAACAUCACCGUUUGGUAGCCAUAUUGAAGACUGCGAUAUUAACCCUGCAUUACGAAAGUCAAGCUUAACACUUCCUUUGGGCGGGAAUAAAGAAGAUGUAGGUGUUGAAACCAUUUCCAUCAACUCGACUCCUGCAUCUGACACGUUUUAUACAGCUACAUCCGUCCUCUCUCCUGAUCCACAUGACCUCACCUCCCCCUUGUCACCUCUACCUCUUGAUGUGCCUCACUCAGGAAAUGUGAAGAACGCUGAAAACUCAAACGCUGGUGCUUGUGGUGCCUUGGUUGAUAAACAAAGUGAGAUUGUUUCUGAAGUGCCUAUUGAAGAUGUAAAAAAAGUCAAGUUCCCUUACUCUAAAAAUGACAGUAAUAUAAGGUCUUCACGACAUACAUUGUCUGCAAAAGAUGGUAGUUUCUGUGGUAUUAAUGCACUGAGAAUUAAUGAUAAAGAUACUAGUGACUUAGUUGAAAAUGAUUCUCUGGUUGCAAGUCCAGCCAAUCAGGUUGCACAAGAGACUUCUUUUGGUGCUUUUCUUUUAUCUCCCAUCCAUAUGCAUGAAGAUUCCAUCCAUUCACAAGAUUUUCAUGGCAUGCAAGGGAAGGCAGCUUCAACUCCUCUCAGAGAAGAACUUAGGAGCGAGAGUAAAAUCAAAGACUCCCAGAGUGUCAAAUCCCGACUGAAUGGCAGGUCGAGUUCACACAGUGAACCGUCUUCAGAGGUCCCCAAGACAUCUUCUUAUAGUGAUGCUGAUGAGUUACGUGCAUACCCGUGUGGCACAGAUAAUGAACACUCUGAGUCAUUCAAUAAUAAUGUCUUUCUUGAUAAUGGAAAUCAAAAAUGCUCUCAUGAUGUUUCACAUAUUCGUAAAGAGUCUAAGUACGCCCUGGAAGACAAUGUUACACAAAAUGAUGAUUCACCAGAUUCCUCUGAUUGGUACCCAGGACUCAGUAUUAGGGAGAAGAGUGAGUUGAUAUCACAAGAGAUUGAAGUAGGAAAAGCAGCAGAAGUCCUCAUGAGGUUACGAGCAAGAAGUAACGAAUCUGACAUCAGUAUUGGUGAACAGAUCCGUGAGCUUGAAGAAUUAAAGCAACAUUAUGGUAAUUUAGAAGAACAGCUGAUUCAGAAACAAUUGACAGAUGGAGGUGACUGUGAACAUGGUGCCAAGGAAGGCCAUAAAGCACAGAGUAUUGAGAGACCUUCAGAUCUCCCUCUGGACUCAUCACUUCUUCAGGAAGAUAGGUUAGCUCUCCUAAUUGAACGUGAGGUGCAGAGACGAGUACUAGAAGAAGUGGUUGCAAGGGAAAAUGUAGUUUUAAACCCAAAGUCCCCAAACAGAAGAACUUAUAGAUCUAUGAGUGCAUCGAUGGAUCACUGGAACUCGGGAGUAAGAGUGCUAACUCCAUCAGAAGUAAGACCAUAUACAUCAAUGAGUGCUGGGUAUGAAAUGGAGGGAGAAAUUGGAAAUCAUCUAUACCAGAGUGCAACAUCUGCAGAUGAUUUGCUUCUGACUCCAGGACCACUCCAGUCUCCUUUAACUGAUUAUGAUAUGUCUUGUGGAAUCUGUGUAUGUAUCCCUGGCUAUGAAAUGAGAGGUGCUGGCUCAGCUGCACACUGGGAGUAUGAGGUAAAAAUCGCAGCUGGUAAUGAAUCCUGGACUGUUUUCAGAAGAUACAGAAGAUUUAGGGAACUUCACAUGUAUAUGUGUCAUAAAUAUGGGCAACUGGUUGAAGACCUUUAUUUUCCUCCACGCCGCCUCUUUGGAAACUUUUCUGAAAGGGUUGUGGCAGAGCGGCGUGGACAAUUAGAGGUGUACCUCCAGCAGCUCAUAGUGCUAUGCAGUGACCUAGAAGGCUCCCCUUUGUGUGGGGUGACUCCCUCACGAGCAGCCCUCGCUUCAUUCUCUCCGUUCUUUCAGCGUGGUGUCUUUGAAAUCUCAAGACACUCAACAAGUUGAUAUGCUAAAUAAUUUAAUAUAUUUAUUAUACCAGUAAACAAAUUUAUCUAAUAGGGCUACAUAUGAAAGAAUAACUAAAUGAGUUGACUAUUGAAAAAAAGGGUUGUGAAAAUUACAAAUAGCUAAAUAUCAUGAAAGAGUGAAGCCCUCAAACAUCAUGGUUAGUAUUAUAUUAGUAUGACAUUUACAUCAAAAUUUAUGUAGCAGUUUGACAAAUAGUUUUCUACAUGUAGAAUACAUUUACAGAUUUUUAUAGUUAUAUUAUCAGUAUGCUUAAUUUAGAUAAAUAUUCAGUAAUCAUACAUUUUUUUAAAUGGCAGAAAUCACAUUUACAUGAGAUGUAUCCCUAAUGUUUAGUCACCUGACCCCCAUUGUAUUCAGAUUGGAAUUUGAAUCUCAUAACAAUAGUUAAACAGCAUAGAAUCACAUUAUGUGUCCUAUAUUUUUAUGAAGAGUAUUUAAGAAUCAUUAGAACAUCAUACAUUCCUUUUCAUAAUUCAUAUAUUCUUAUUUUUAUGCUAAUCUUUUACAUUAUAUGAAUUUUGUGUUCUGUACCUGCAUAACAUUUCACUAGUCUUUAAGUGUUAUUUUCAAAGUCUCUCUCUCUCUCUCUCUCUCUCUCUCUCUCUCUCUCUCUCUCUCUCUCUCUCUCUCUCUC